ACAAAGCAGCCCAAAAAGACACAUAUUUUCCCUUUUAAUUCUACUCUUUAGACAUUUUUGUCAUUUACCAAAAAAAACCUUCCGACCGGCGAUUCAAUGUCGACAUGGACGAGGGACGACGACAAGCUAUUCGAACACGGAUUAGUUCUAUACCCGGAAAACAUCGCCGAUCGGUGGCAAUUGAUCGCCGAUCAUGUCCCCGGAAAAACACUCGAUGAUAUAAUGGCUCAUUACGAUGACCUUGUUCACGAUGUAUUUGAAAUUGAUUCGGGUCGGAUCGAAUUACCGAGCUAUACGGAUGAUCCGGUUGAAUUGGAAGGGGAUUCUCAGAUUUCGUUUGGGUCAAACAAGAAGAACAAUGAAAUUGAGAGGAAAAAGGGUACACCAUGGACUGAAGAAGAACAUCGGUUAUUCCUUAUUGGGCUGGACAAAUACGGGAAGGGUGACUGGAGAAGCAUUUCAAGAAACGUAGUGAUAUCAAGGACGCCCACGCAAGUGGCUAGUCAUGCUCAAAAAUACUUCAUUAGACAACAGGCGAUGAAGAAAGAACGGAAACGGUCCAGCAUCCAUGAUAUUACUACUGCAGUGGAUACGAAUCCAGUGCCUCCUCAAAGCAGCUUUCAAAACCAAACAGGCAGUCAAAAUUUCAACUUCACAAUGUAGAGGUGAGUAGCAGGAAACAAAAAAGAACACUCAUAUCUGUACAUAGAAGUGCCACCUGCAAUCAAUGUUCGAACUUGUAAAGUUAAUACUUUCUAGUUGACAGUUAAUUCUAGUUAGUGAAUCCAGAAGCUUAAAGAUCGGUCUUUGGUCUUUGGUCUUUUUCCCAAUGCAAGGAGAACAGUUGAUGAAAUUGUUAGCAAAAUGGCUGAAGAACAGAUGGUGUUAAAUUAUUUUAGCUCUGAUGUCAUGAGUUCAGUAGUUUGUGUCUUUAUUGUAGUUUUGUUUUUUGGUUUUGUGCUAGUUUCUGGUAAAUGAACCUGGAAAAUGGUUAGAGUUGUGGUACAUAGAAUUUGAGUAAUAUCAAAAAUAUUCAAUAUUCUCUA